AUGAGUUUGUCGGCAUUCAAUCAUACGACACCCUUGUGGGGCUCGUUGGGCUCGUCGGGUGGAAAUAAGGCAGGCUCUUCGAUGUUACGAGCGGCCUCUACAGCUGCAGUAGCCAGCCUGCAGUACGUGACGGCCAAUAUAAGCGAGUCAUUGCCGAUGGGCUCCCAGAGGAUGUUGGCCAGUAGCACUGCCCUCGGCUUCGAUGAUUUCACGGACGAAGGAUCUUCGUCCGUCCUGUUCAGCCAGCAGCCAUGGACGUCUAGUAGUGCAAACAACACGACGGCCACAAUGGCAGAGGACGACUUCGUUCUCCCUUAUUCCUAUCCGGAGAUGGUGCUGAUCGCCAUCGUUGCCGGCUUCCUCAGUUUCCUCACCGUGGCCGGCAAUUGCAUGGUGAUGAUCUCGUUCAAGAUCGACAAACAACUGCAGACCAUCUCCAAUUACUUUCUGUUCAGUUUGGCUGUGGCCGACUUCGCCAUCGGACUCAUUUCUAUGCCUUUGUUCACCGUCUAUAUAUUAGCCGGCCGGUGGCAGCUGGGACCUUAUGUUUGCGAUACUUGGCUAUCGUUGGAUUACCUCGCUUCCAACGCAUCGGUCCUCAAUCUACUCAUCAUCAGCUUCGACAGAUAUUUUUCGGUGACUCGGCCGCUGACGUACCGAGCUCGGAGAACACCUCGUCGAGCAGGUGUCAUGAUAGCGGCCGCCUGGGUGAUUUCGCUGGUCCUCUGGCCACCUUGGAUCUACGCAUGGCCGUACAUCGAAGGCGACCGCAAAGUUCCAGAAGAUAAAUGCUUCAUUCAAUUCAUCGAAACAAAUAAUUACAUCACCUUCGGCACAGCCAUCGCCGCUUUCUACGCUCCGGUGACGGUCAUGUGCGUCCUGUACUGGCGCGUUUGGCGAGAAACGGAGAAACGUCAAAAGGAUUUGUCCAACCUUCAAGCGGGCAAGAAAAACGACAGCCACCGAUCGAAUUCCAGAAGUGGCGAGGAGCAGGCUGUCCUGAUGAAGGCCAACGACGACAUCGACCACCACCUGAGGCCCGUCGGUGCGGCAUCCGAUUGGCGCCGUUCGCGUUCCGAAUCCAGUGGCGCUGUCGACGACUUGGAGACCUCGUACGUGCCAGCUGCCGCCUGUCUGCCCGGACCUCAUCGCAGACACUAUGUGGGAACGUGGACCAGCUGGGCAUUUUGGCGACGCUGGUUACGUUGGUCAACGUGGCAGCACUGGAUACGAAGUUUAACUCGUCGCCAGCCGCAACGGCCGCGCAGACGUGGAGACCGUUCCGGCGGAGGUGGCGACACGGAAUCCUAUAGCGACGGCUCCAAUAUAGCGACAACGCCGGCAUCCAUCGAGACGCCGUUAGCUUCAUCCAUCUCCCGCGGACCAUCGAUGAAUAUCCGCGAUCCUUACUCAUCGACGCCGACCCGAUACAAAGCGGCAGCGGCCGCCGCGGUGGCCAACGAUCCGCGUCUUGGCGGCGUCGACAGGAGGCGAACUCUAGUGGCGUCUAAAAGUCUGACGCAAGACCAUCACAAUAAGCAGAUGGCCGACGGGCAGAUGUGCCCGUCGCCAUCGCUAGAUCCGUGCGAUGACGCAGACACCGACGCCGCAAAGCGCUCGCACUCAGCUGAUUCUGUUUUCACGAUUUUGAUCCGAUUACCUGCCGACAGUUCGGCAGAUAAAGCCGAACACAAAGUCUCCAUCCGGAUGAUUCCGGCAAACAUUCCGCCAGCCGCAUCGCACCGUCCGCGGAUGAGCGCGUCGUCGACAGGCAGUGCCGGCGGAGGUAAUCAGCCGGCCGUCAGGUCUCGCUCAGUGCCCGUCGGCAACGAACAGCACGACGGCUACAGUAACCGGAGUCGUCCUGCUGGCAGCGGCGGUGGCUCUGCUAGUCAGUACACGAGCAAUCGUAGCUUAGCUGCCCGUCCGACGGGUUCGCGCUCUGCCCAGUACAACGACUCAACCAGCAGCUUGCUGUGUGGGACCAAUCUUCACCUACCCAACGCCCUGUCGUUGAGCAAGUUAACAGCUCUGACCAAACCCAAUCACCUGCCGUUACACAAGGGCAAAUUGAAGAACCAUCACGCCAGUCCGUGGGUGCCGCGUAGCUGCAUGCCCGUCGCCCAAUCGCCGCUCAUCGUCCGUUGCACAAGAUUCAACGGUGGCUCUUCCGGUACGCCUGAUUCCGGUGAUCGCACGCCAUCCGGAACUCUCCCGAUGGACGCCAAAAUUGUGCCGAAACAUCGACCGACUGGCAUCGGUCCGGCCGGUGGGAUUACUGGAAGUCCAGCCGGUAGUCCGGCCGGAGCGUUGCAGACCGUUUCCGGCUCUGUUGCCAACAAUUCGGGUAUGCAUCCGCCCAUCCGCCGGCCCAACCACAACGCGUACAGCCCGUCGGCGGCGGCGGCUGCUGCUGCGGCGGCCAAGAAGGCCAACAAGAAGCCGAAGAAAAAGAACCAGGAGAAGCGGCAGGAGCGGAAGGCGGCCAAAACGCUGUCCGCCAUCUUGUUGGCUUUCAUCCUGACGUGGACGCCGUAUAACGUCCUGACGCUGCUCAAGGCGCUGGCGCCGUGCGACAAGGACGACUGUUUCUCGUCCGAGCUGUGGAACUUCUCCUAUUACCUCUGUUACAUUAACAGCACCAUCAAUCCCGUUUGCUACGCCCUGUGCAACGCUUCCUUCCGGCGCACCUACGUUCGCAUCCUCACAUGCAAAUGGCACUCACGCACCAAAACGGCCGUCCAGCGCGGCGUCUACAAUUGAUGCUGACCCCAAGACGCCCUUUAUUUAUGGACAUGAAGGAGUUCAAUUGCGAGUGGAAUAGCUUUCCGGAUAAAUUCGUCGUCGAUCAUCAGCAAAAUUCGGCAAAAGAAAAAAGAAAACGAAAGCCAAAGUCUGUUGGAUAAUCAGUGUCCCCCUCUCUGUCUCUCUUUUUGUCGUUGUGUCUGCUCCACUCCAUCUCACGUCGCCUUGGUGCUUCUCCUUUCCUCCUAUCAGGGAUAAUUAUGUGCUGUAUAUUUUUUGGUGUACGACAAGGACGUUUUUUUUUGGGAGGGGGGCGAAACGGUGCACAUCUUCUUCGUUCUCCAGUGAUCUGCACGAUCAUGCGCUUCAAGACACAUUGAUUGUCCAGCGCUGUCUCUGUUUAUCUAUAUGUCCUAUAGUUUUUUUUGGUUGGUUCUUUUUGUUCGCGAUUUGGUCGUUGUAGUCGUAAUCAUUUCCCUUUCGCUGGCGCUCAAAAUGGGAGCAAGAGGUUGCUGCUGUCGUCGAAAAUAAAAAGAGAAACUUUGGCCGGAGAUAAUUGAUGAUAAUCAACUUUUCGAUCCGCACACUUCCCCCCCCCCAGAAAAGAAAAAAAAUCAAAUACAUAUGAUUAUUAAUCAAGUUAAAUUCUUGAUGUAGAAGCUUCUUCAAACUGUUAAAUCGUUUGUUUGCGUCUAGCUGAUUAUGGAAACGUAAAAACAAACUCAUUCAUUCGAAGAAUGAGAAAUAAAAGCAGAAAAAAAACAAACCUAUUGUGCGGUUCGGUGAACGUCAGAUCGGUUUUGAUGUCGUUAUGACAAUCCUCCAUAACAAGAUCUUCCUCUUGCUACCCAACAUCGUUUCCCGAUGUAAUAACAUACCGUCUUAUUAGCUAUACAGCCAACGCCCACAUUCUUCCUCGUUUAGUCUGCACUCGGGCCAAGCAUCGACGACCUACACCGCCAUAAAUGCGGGGAUCCAUAACUAAGAAUUCGCCCCUCUCUUUUGAUUCGAGAUAUUUCGUUUUCAUUUGUUGUUACGUGCCUGGGGAAGCCACGUACCAGAAAAACAAGAAAGCGCAUUAACAAUAGGACAAGAGUAAUGGCUGAUGAAAGAAGAAAGCAAAAAAAUAGCGAAACGAAAGCUUUGUUCGGGAAGGUUUUUGCGGCAGUUCACUGGUUCUCAAGUAUCGCAGACAAAGAGACGACAAGCGUUCAAGCCAUCGGCAGCGUUUUCAUUUAUCACAGACAAACAAUCAGACCGACAACCUCUUUCCACUCUCGUUCGGGAAGUUGUAACACAACAUUGGCAAUUCGGGCAGCGUUUACUCUUCGUUUCGUCAACAGCCGGGAGAGACAUUGAAAGAAUAAGAAAAAAAAAAGUAAAAGAGAGAGAGAAAAAAAUGGGCUCCAAAAAAAGCCCUUGAAUCCAACCUGCUCGGCCUUCCCAAUGGUCCUCCAUUCCCAAUUUACCUCGAAAAACCCAAUUUUUUUGGCUAACGCGUCCCAUCUUUUCCCUGUGCGUGAGUUUAUAGCGCGGCGCGGGCGCUAUGUGUGUAUACGUUUUGUCUGUGUGUUUACGUGUAUGUGCAUUCAUGCUCAAAUCAAUUGAUGUUCAAGAUCGAAAGAGCAAAGUACUACAAACAACAAAAAUGGGAAUACGAAACCGCACUUGCGCUGGGGGAUGAAAAGUAUAAUGCCCUUACAAUGUUUAUGCCGUUGGCGUCUGCGCUGUACUCGUUUCGACUCAUCUGACAAAUCGCUGUAUGAUUUCCACCUCUCGAUCGUUUCUUUUUAUGUCGGUUUGGUUCUCUUGCAUUACACUUCAUGUCACAUGUUCAUCGUCAAAACAUCCGCAAUUUCGAGUGGGGCAAAAAUGGCGGUAAUCAAAGCGUAUACACAAAUCUCUGUGCCAAUUGUGAUUUCAUUCAAUUUGCUUAUUGUUAUGUUUUUUAGUGUUUCCAUGUUAUUUAAAAAAACACAAAACAAAUCCAGUGACGCAUAAAUAGUUAACACGACACCUACACACACAAUAAAAAAAAAAAAAGAGAGAUUUAUUCAAUGUAUUUUUGGGGAAAAAAAGGGAAAAGAAAAAAUGAUGAAAGGUAUAUAUCCAUUAUGAAUGGUUAGGAAGAACACGCACGCCCAUUCAUCAACGUUUGGCCGUUCUUUUGUUUCUUUUUCCUCAUUUCUAGACGCGAUCCGCAUUGUGUUGAAACGUCAUCCAUCACAUCAUAAACUCCUCCCCUGUAUCUCCUCCCCCUUUCCUCUCGUGAAAUUUAAAAAAAAGAAACAAUAUAUAUAUUUCAUCUACUGUA